AUGAUCUCCCAUGAAGAAGGGAUUUGUCCAGCUCUCACUGAUGAUCAACGUGAAAGGAAUAGAUUGGAUCGAAUUGAGCAGAAAGAAAAAGAAGAAUUGGCGGCCAAUGAAAUGUUUCCCCCACGAGAUUCUUACAUUACCGGAAGAAUCAGAUCACCAAAGAGAGGAGGCAGCUCUUUCGGAGCAGAUUCUGGAGAUUUUGGGCCAAUAAAGCCACUGCCAGAAAAUAGAGCACGACCAGAGAACAGAGGCAUAAGAGACUCCAGAGACCUCCGUAUAGAGCUACAAGGAAGGAGAGAGGAACAUAGCAGGAAUAUCAGGAACAGAGUGGAUGACCUAUCAAUGGAACCACUUCCCCGAGGUUAUUCCCGUAUGGAAUGGAGACCACGACAGCAGAAUAACAGAGAACAAGGGAAAGAAAAUGAAGGCCCCGGGGAAGGGUGA